AUGUCUGAAGCUACCGUUUCUUCUAUUAAACCCUCGAACGCAUUGCCUUUCAUACCUUCAUACUUACGAAAUACACCGCUGGACACAUAUAAUAAAACUGCUAAGGAUCCAAUAUUUUUACCAACUCGGUGGAAUGCUGAUGAUUCCUCUGAUUAUAUUAAAGUCAUGGACAAUGGAUUGGGACUUCGAUGCAUUGGUCCGGGUAGAAAUAACUCAGAUGCAGCCGCUAUAAGGACGGAUUUUCCUAUUCCUCGUAAAGUUGGUUUCUUUUAUUAUGAAUUGGACAUAUUAAAUAAGGGAGAAAAAGGGUAG